UAAUCCACGCUGCUCCACUCUCGAACGAGGAGUAAAAGAAUUACGAUGAUGUGGACACUUGAGGAAGUGAAGUUACUCGUUCGGAAUGAUUAAACUCGUAUGUGACUAAUUUUAUGGAGGUUCUCGAUAUAAUUGUGGUGCUAUUUUAUGUGAUUAUGACGGAUUUAAAAGUUGCAAUAUAAUAAUUCACUUGCCUCAACUCUAUGUGAUUCGACGAUAAAAGGGAUGCUUUUUUGAGUGAUUAAUUGUCGUGCUUUUUUUGAACUCCCAAGUGCUACUGUGACAAACGAUAGCGUCCCUCGAUCCUGUGAGGGUGUUUUAAUUAUACGCACAAAGCUUUACAAGCUGAACAUUUCAAUGAAGUGAGGUGUGCCAGAGAAGGAACUUUUUCGUACGAUGCAUACGUCAAUUUCUCAGUGUCUUGGCAUUAUUGUCGGGUCACCUAUCAUUGUAAGUUGUCGGAUACGUCAUUGCGGGUUAUCGCCCUAAUUUCUUGAAGGCGCGCUUAUGUCAAUGGCAAUUUGCUCUUGCGGUCAUGGAUAAUGAUUGUUUUAAAUUUCGGCCGUGGUCACGAAUGUGAUAACGUUCCAUAGUGUAACAACACUGGUGCUUUUUCAUGUACGGCGAAUAGAUUUCUCCGAAAAUACUCAAAAUUCCUAAUUCCCAAACUUUACUACGCUGCGAUGGAAUGGUGUUCUGUGCGACUGUUCUCCUUGACAUUUGCUGCGAUGAUUCUGAGCAUCGCUGGGGAAAAUCAGCACUCCGCAACGGCACCGAGUAACCCACCGAAAUUAUCUCUGCAGAGCAGAAGUAUGUUGCUGAUGGACACUGUGACGCAUUUGAGGAGAGAGCUCCUUCACUUCGACACCAUGACCAGCUUCAAAGAAUACUUGCGAAUGGCGCCCCCCAACGGCAAAGAUCCAUCCAUCGUCCUAUCCGAUGAUAAUGCUGUCUGCAUUGACAACUUGGACGACAUCAUCGACGGUCUCAUGAGGAAGAGAUUGUGGGCCAUGAAAUUUUUGGAUUCAAGUGGAAAAAUUCCGACAGGAUUACUAAAUGGCAACAUUAUCAACUUGGGAGAUUAUGACCAAUGCGUAUCCACUUCAAGCGAAAUGAAUGAAUCAACACCAUUUCAUGGCCAAUACUGUCUCGUGUCCUUAGUUAUAGAAGUUCCUCCUGAAAUAAUUUUUGGUUUUACAGGAUCGACAGCAGAGGAUAUGUUCGGCUCAAAUAUAGUUCUAAAAACUGCCAUGUGCGUGCCAUCUUCUUGCAAACCACCGGCAAUGGAACAUGCAUUUAAUAAUCUCUUAGACCGAGUGAAUCCCUGGCUGAAUGAGACAAGCAUCCCUAUUACAUUACGGGUCACUAUUCCCGAUACGGACUGUCAUAUUCGAAGUGCAUUACAAUUUAGCAUUGGUGAUUACAUUGUUUUGGCAGUAUUCUGUAUGAUAAUACUUUUUGUUAUCUUGAGCACAAUUUUCGAUCUUUGGCUGAGAUCUUAUCGUGGACCCUGUUACUCAACUUUGAAUAAAGGACCAAGGGCUAUUUUGGCUUUUUCGGCGUACUCAAAUGCUCAAAGAUUAUUCAACACCGAUUCUCAACCAGACACAAUUUCUUGCAUUAAUGGCUUGCGAUUUCUCAGUAUAACAUGGGUCUGCUUAGGACAUAGAGUCAAAUACACUGCUCAAUUGCCUGCAACAAACCUCACUUCAUUGCUUCAGUUCAUAAAAAACUGGCCUACAAUGGCAAUUUUAAAUGCAACACUGGCUGUCGAUACAUUUUUUGUCAUCAGUGGUUUAUUAAACGCGUACGUUUUCCUCGGCUUUGUCAAUAAAAGAUCUUCACUCACAACCAUAUGGCUUUCAAGUCUUGUCAAGAGAUAUUUACGGUUAACACCAGCGUAUGCAGCCAUGAUAGCAUUUACAGCCACAAUAUUCUACAAGAUGGGGGAUGGUCCUUUGUGGGAGCAGUUAGCUGGCCAAGAGAAAGAAGCAUGCCAGGAGUAUUGGUGGACAAACUUACUGUAUUUUAAUAACUAUUAUCAUACUGAAAAACUAUGUAUGAUGCAAAGCUGGUACUUGAGUGCUGAUACACAGCUGUACAUUCUUUCCAUUUUCCUACUGUAUUUUCUGAAAAACUAUAGAUGGGUUGGAUUCAUGCUCCUAUCUAUCCUGAUGGGGGUUUCAGUUGCGAUUCCUUUUGCUGUUAGUUAUGAGGAAAAAAUUCGAGCACCAAUACCUCUUACUAGAGACAUGGAACGGGUUGAUAGAGAAAUGGCAGUUGGUUAUUUCCCAACUCACAUGAGGACUUCGUCAUACUUGGUUGGAAUAACUGCGGGCUACAUUUUACAUCGCAUCAAAACAGGAAAAUGGAGUGAAAAUUUAGUAACCAGUUUUACGUUGCGGAGAGCAUUCAUUUGGAUCAUAACAACAAGUAUGAUGAUGUCAGCACUUUUCCUCUGUUAUUGGAUGUUUCAACCGGAGGUCCCAUAUUUGUGGUUUUAUUCCUCAUUUUAUAUUGCUGUUCAUCGCCUGGCAUGGGCUAUUGGUGUUGCCUGGAUUAUCUUAGAUUCAACGUUUCAUAAAAAUGGAGUUGUCAACCGUUUCUUGUCGAAUAAAUUUUUCAUGCCGUUGGGUCGAUUGACAUACUGCAUUUAUCUCACUCACAUUGUAGUGAUCAUUCACAAACUAGGUACAGCCAGGCAGCCUGCUUACAUCAGUGCCUAUGAUACGUUCCAUGAGACAAUAGGUGACAUUAUUAUCAGCAUUGUAUUGGCAACUAUCUUAUCUCUUCUUUUUGAAUCACCAAUAAUGGUCCUGGAGAAAACCCUCUUCCACGACAGCGGUAAGUCACAUGGGAACCAACCACCAGGAAAGCAUGCUGGCUCGACAUCUUCACGGAUUGCAUCCAAUAUGGACAGCAACUCAGACUGUAGAAAAAAAAAUAACAAAUCAACUUCAAUGUUUAAGUUGGGCCAAAACUUUGACGACAAACUUAAAAAAGCACCUUCAGUCCCUGAGUAUGAGGAUGACACAUGGCCUAUAGGAGAAAAUAGACAUCAACAUCGAGCCGAAGUCUCGUAUAUACCUAGUCAAGAGGAGAAAGCUGAGUUUUUCCAAGGAAAUUUACGCUCCUCCUACAAUAGUAACAUGGAUUACCGAAGGCGCUUCCCAAUGAGCUCGUUCCUUGGACCUCACCAAGAAUCUGAGAUCUCUUAUGCUGUAAAUCCAUACACAAAGAUUGACUAUGAACGUAUUAGCAUGUCACGCACGCCUGACAUUGUGUUGCACCCUUGGGAAAGUUGGACAGCUGAAAGCAUGAAUACAAAUAGAGCUGUAUCUAUGUCUGCACGCCCUUCUGCACCUUCUCCGUACAGUAGGUUUGGGAACCGACAACGAAGAGACUGCGCCUAGCACGAUGAAAGUCACUGAAAAUUAGUGUUGUUUGUAAUUCAAAGUGCCAGAAUGGGCGAAUGGAAAAUGAAUACAAGGAAUAUUGAAAAAAGGGCAUGACAAUCCAAAAUUGAAACGAACGCAGGCUAUCAUCAAUGAUAAAGCAAGCUUUUCAAUUGGUGAGGUUGUCAAUGAGAACUGCUGUCUUACUUACAAUAAAAUUGUUGAAUCUUUGUCUGCAAUAAAUGGAAUUGGUCACA